AUGGAAGAAUCAGUAUUUUACAUUGGGAAAGGAAAUCCUGAAGAUAAGCAUUCCCAAGAAUCAUUUGGUACUGUUGCUUCCAUUCAUACUUCAAAAGUAUUCCAAAGUUUCAGACAAGGUGAUUGUAAUAGAUAUGCUUCUAAGAUUUCAGGUAUUGGUAAUGGUGAAAAAUUAUUUGUAGCAUCAGAAACUAAAGCUUUGAUUAACGUUUAUGUUUGGGGUAAAGAAAGUGUAGAUCAACGUAUGCCUAUACCAGAACCAUUGUCAUGUUUGGAUGUUGUUCAUUUACCAGUUUCAGAAUCAGAAAGUAAAGGAAUCCCUAAUUAUAGAGUUCCUUGGUUAUUAGCUGGAGGAAGUAAAUCAGGUAAAGUCUAUGUUUGGGAAUUGCUUACAGGUAAUCUUAUAUUUGUUAAAGAUGUCCAUUAUCAAGCUAUCAAUGUGUUGAAGUUUUCACCAUGUGGAAACUUCUUAGUUAGUGGAGGUGACGAUUCCAGAUGUAUUAUCUACAAAACUGAAGAUUUAGUUUCGGGAAGAGAAGACGUUAAACCUUGGCAUAUAAUCAAUGAUCACACAUUAACAGUUACUGAUUUGACUAUCAGUGAAGGUCUUAUCAACGAUGUCAAAGUUUAUACCACUUCUAAAGACAGUACAUUAAGGGUUUAUAACAUUCUCAAAAAGGAAUUAUUAACUACAUUUGUUUUACCUGCCAGCAUCGAUGCCAUAACAAAAGAUCCCGUUGGAAGAUAUCUUUACGUUGGAUUAAACAAUGGAACUAUCAGAUCGAUACCGAUGUUCAAGAUCAAUAAUUCUGUUUUAGAAGCAGUUGGGGGCAUAGGUAAGAUCAUAACCGUUGCCAAUGAUCCAGAAUUAAGAGAGACAUUUUCAUUCCAUUCUAAUAAAAUUACACAAUUACAAAUAUCUAUGGAUGGUACCAAAUUAAUUAGUGGUGAUGAUCAAGGGUUCAUAUAUGUGUCAGAUGUCAUAUCCAAACAAAUCAUUAAAGACUUUAAAAUCAAUUCAGGUGUCAGUUGCUUGCAAGUAUUAACUUUCCCUACCGAUGUCUUCAGUGAUUCAUUAAUCAAUGAUAAAAAAACAAGAUUGAUCCCACCUUUCAAAAGGGUUUUAAACGAUAAAUCUCAAUUAGAACAUGAUAUUUACUUUGAAAUCCCUUCGAAUACCCAACAAGAAUCAAGUUUCGAACAUUGGAUCAAUGAAAAAGCCCAAGAAGAAUUGGAUUUCAAAACUUCCGAGUCUGUUGGUAAUGAUAAAGUUAAGAUCUCAAAUGCUUAUAAUGAAUUAAAAUCCAAGUAUGAUGAAUUAUUGAAUGACCAUAAACAAUUAUUAAAUCAGUAG